AACUGGACAUGGAGGAUAAAUGUUUUACUUUUAAUGCGGUGUCCAGUUUUGCAUUCUAGGCUGUCUGGGAGAAACAGCUACCAUGAGUUUAAUUCCAAAUUUUCCACCUCUUGAAGUAGAUGUGAGAGAAGUGAGGGAGAAGAAGAUAACUAUGGAGCAAAAAUUGCAGGCAGCAAAGCUCGGAUGUUUGCGUGGGCACUUGUGCAGUGGCCAGCCCCAAAGGGAGUUGGACCUCGCAAAGAACGUCAGCGCACCGCCAGACCUCACAAGCACUUUGCAAGGGCCAUCUGGAGACAUCGACUUUGGGAUCCGAAGGCCUGAAAUCUUCGGCUUCAGGUUUGAAGGACUGGCCAAGCCGGAAAGGAGCUGCUGACGCGAUGGUGCUGCUUAUUAAUCAUUCACCAGUCCAGAGCCACUCCACUUAAUGGCUGUACCGCGCGCGGCGGCUCUAGCCUCUUGGCCUCUCCUCUCCACGCUCGGGAGUGCCCGGGACCGACAGAGCUGCUGCAAGAGACAGCGCGCAAGCAGCCGCUGGGCGAUGCGCCCCGCCGGCCUCGGUAGGAGCCGCGCUCGCCGCCGCAGCUGCUGCGCUCUGCCAGGCGGCGCCAGGAGGCGGUGAGCUGCGAGCUGGGAGCCUUGAGCUCGGGGAGGGCGCAGACAGCAAGGGCGCAAGGUGAGCGCCCUAGCCCGCAGCCGCACCGGCCCCUUUCAGCCGGGAUGUUCCCCAAUGGCACCGCCUCCUCUCCCUCCUCUUCUCCUAGCCCCAGUCCAGGCAGCUGCGGGGAAGGCGCCUGCAGCAGGGGCCCCGGGGCCGGCGCUGCGGACGGCAUGGAGGAGCCGGGACGAAACGCUUCCCAGAACGGGACCUUAAGCGAGGGCCAGGGUAGCGCCAUUCUCAUCUCUUUCAUCUACUCCGUGGUAUGCUUGGUGGGACUGUGUGGGAACUCCAUGGUCAUCUACGUGAUCCUGCGUUAUGCCAAAAUGAAGACCGCCACCAACAUCUACAUUCUAAACCUGGCCAUUGCUGAUGAGCUGCUCAUGCUCAGCGUGCCCUUUCUGGUCACUUCCACGCUGUUGCGCCACUGGCCCUUUGGCGCGCUACUUUGCCGCCUUGUGCUCAGCGUGGACGCGGUCAACAUGUUCACCAGCAUUUACUGUCUGACUGUGCUUAGUGUGGAUCGCUAUGUCGCUGUGGUGCACCCGAUCAAGGCAGCGCGCUACCGUCGGCCCACUGUAGCCAAGGUGGUGAACCUGGGCGUGUGGGUGCUGUCUCUACUGGUUAUCUUGCCCAUCGUGGUCUUCUCACGCACAGCCGCCAACAGCGACGGCACCGUGGCCUGCAACAUGCUCAUGCCCGAGCCCGCCCAGCGCUGGCUGGUGGGCUUCGUCUUAUACACAUUUCUCAUGGGCUUCCUGCUGCCUGUCGGGGCCAUCUGCCUGUGUUACGUGCUCAUCAUUGCCAAGAUGCGCAUGGUGGCCCUCAAGGCCGGCUGGCAGCAGCGCAAGCGCUCAGAGCGCAAGAUCACUUUAAUGGUGAUGAUGGUGGUGAUGGUGUUUGUCAUCUGCUGGAUGCCUUUCUACGUGGUACAGCUGGUCAAUGUGUUCGCUGAGCAAGACGACGCCACCGUGAGCCAGUUGUCUGUCAUCCUCGGCUACGCCAACAGCUGUGCCAACCCCAUCCUCUACGGCUUCCUGUCGGACAACUUCAAGCGCUCUUUCCAGCGCAUCCUGUGCCUCAGCUGGAUGGACAACGCUGCGGAAGAACCAGUCGACUACUACGCCACCGCCUUGAAGAGUCGCGCUUACAGUGUGGAGGACUUCCAGCCCGAGAACCUGGAAUCCGGAGGCGUUUUCCGUAAUGGCACCUGCGCUUCCAGGAUCAGCACGCUUUGAGGCCGGGCACUGCCGGGAGGGGGAGAGUGGCCGGAAAGGGGGGAGAGGGGAGCAGGCGUGAGCGAAUGAUAACAGGACACCAAGCGCUGUAGUAGAGCGCCUGGUUAGCCGGACCUAGGAAAGCCAUGUGACCAAGGUAAAAUGGAGAGAUUUGUGGGUCAAUUGGGAAGGCUUUCGGGUCAUCUUCUCAGCCCUUCCUUUUUCCCACACAGCGCUUGCUACUUUGAACAACUCCAUUCGCCAAGCCCAGUAACUUCGAUGCUCCCCCCCACCCCCGCCCCCAGUUCUGCUAGUUCAAACCACAAACUUAAUGUCGUCAACUCAGUUUGACCCUUACCCUCGCAAGUCGAUAUUUCUGUUUCUUGAAGCUGAGCCACGGUUACCGCCAUGUGUUUCCUUGGGGCUGAGUCCCCAGCUUGUGCUCAACCCUGAUCGCUGCGCAGGUCAGCGGGCCGGACUCUGCUCAGAGCAAGUAUCAGACUGUCCCCAAUCACUGCUCUCCCUUUGCACAGCCUUACUGUUAAGGAAGCCCAGCUUGAGGAUGACCAGGCAACUUUUCAAAGAAGGCUCACCUUUCCCUGGGUCCUCCCUCCCUCCGCUCCACCCCACCUAGAGCAGAGCUAGGUGCUUAAGAAAAGAUCGUGCACGCAGAACCCCAGACUCGGUAUAGCUCCAUCCAUGUCCUCCUUUGGAGGACACAAAAUUGGGGGGGGGGGAGCUGAGAGCAAGCAGAAGGACAACUUUGUAAUAUUCCUGGGUUGUGGAUAUGGGUAUCAUAGGAAACCCGUCCUCGCCCGCCCCCCUUCGAGCUCAGAACUUGAGCCCUGGGUUCCAAAGUCCCAGUGAGGGGCGCUUUCAGCUGGUGAAUGACGUAGGCACCCUGGAGGGUGCACCUGAAUCGCAGGGCAGCUCCUCUUGGUUUCCUCCCUGGAAUAACAAAAGAUUCGGUUUCUGCUCCGGUGUAAGUUGUAGGCUCAGCUCCGGCUCCUCCUGUGACAGCUGCCUUUGCCUAAGCUGGGUCGUUGCUGCAGCCUGUCUGGUCCCUGAGCGGUCCUGCCUUUCAAGCGGUGCCUAAUGAGUUAUGUCUUGUUUAACAUAUUUAUUUAUUUAUUUGUGGUGUUGGAAGUCGUGUGUGUCUGCUUUCUUUUUCUCUAUUCGCCUAACGAGGCUGUUCUUGGGAAUUCUGGGGGUUUGAGGGUGUGAAACCACUGAGCAGGAGUGGAGAAAAGCUCCCUCCUCACCCUAAGGACCCCUCAAAAGUUUCCCUCUCUUGGAUUCUCUUAGCCUUUUCUCGACCCUUCCUAUUUUUGCUUGUGCCCAGUGAAAUUUGAAGUUUUUUAUACUUUUUUAUUGUAGCUUUUGUCUUAUUAAAAUAAAUGAAUGGUAAUUUUGGGUUAACAUCUGUUGGUGCAGAGUGAAAGACUUGAUUUCCUGCUGUUCCAGGUAACACAGGGGAAGUGACACUGUCUUGAUGUGUGUAUGUAUGUAUGUAUAUGUGCUGCUAUGUACAAAUCACAUGUAUAUACAUAUAUAGAGAAAGAUAGAUUUGUCUAUCUUGACCGACUGUCUCAAGUCCAUGAAGCAAUUAAAAGGACAGCCACAAAGUGACAAGUGUGACUCCAGCUGGGACCUUUUCAGUUUCAGGUUCAAGUAGCACUCAAACUUGGAACUGAGAAAUGUCAGUCAGAGACUUGAAUCACUGCAGAAGAUAUUGCUUCCUUUUUCGAGGUCCCAGCAGAGGUGAUUCUUACAUACACCCAGUUAACAUAGUCACUUCUGUUGAGGAAUGGAGUGGAACAACAGUUAUGUCUGCAUUUACUAACUUCACCGGAAAUCUGAGCAAAGACAAAAGCAAAAUCAAAGCAAAAAUGAUUGCAUUUCACUCAUUCGUGUUUCCUGUAUUCUUUGAUUUCCUGGUCUGUACAUAGGAGGCACUGAAAGCCUGUCAUGACUGGUUGUUUAAGUAAGCCAGUGUGUAUCAGUGGUCCUGGAAUACUGAACCUGGGAUUCUCAGAUUCCCACUGACAUGACAUACAACAAUUGAAUGCACUAUUGAAAAAGAUGUUUUGUUCACAUUUGCUUCGAGGAUACCAUGCAUUUCUAAAAGCAGUAACCAAGAGUUAAACUGUCUCUUAUGUUUAAACAAAUGAACAAAUAUGCUUUUGAUCAUAAGCCAGAAAGUUUAGAUCUUUUCCUAAGAACGGUAUAUAUAUACAAUUACUCUUCUGUUAAAAUAAAAAUUUUUAAUCAUUAACAACAGUGAACUUUACAAACUGAAAUGUGCAUUGUUAUCAUCUCAGCAGGAUAGAAAUGUAGUGCUCUUAACCUGUCACCAUUGUAAUAGUAAACCGAAUAAACAGAUGUAUUAUGCUGUCA